AUGCUCCAGCGCCUUAUCUUCUGCAAGCCCAGCACCGCCAUGUGCUGCACCAUCCUGGCCAUCUGCGGCAUCAUCUUCGGUAUCUGCAUGGGCCUCGCCUAUAAGUUCGAGUUCAGCCAGCUUGUCAGCGGCCCCGCUGGCCAUGUCGCCAACGACCCGGCCGCUGUUGCCACCAGCUGCUUCAUCGCCGCUGGCCUCUACGUUGCCUGCCUGCUCGUGGCCCUCUGCCAGAUGGGUCUCAGCAAGGCCAAGGCCCGCAACUCGGCCUAA